AUGGUAUGUAGGUGUUCAUGGGGUGGAGUUAAUAGCCUUAUCUAUCUUGGCACCUUUUUAGCCAUCUCUAUCUUGGCACCUUCUUCGGCCACAUCAUAUAUCUAUCCUGGAACCCUUCUUGGUCACAUCAUACAUCUAUCAUGGAACCUUUCUUGGUCACAUCAUAUAUCUAUCCUGGAACCCUUCUUGGCCACAUCAUAUAUCUAUCCUGGAACCCUUCUUGGUCACAUCAUAUAUCUAUCCUGGAACCUUUCUUGGUCACAUCAUAUAUCAUCCUGGAACCCUUCUUGGUCACAUCAUAUAUCUAUCCUGAACCUUUCUUGGUCAACCCCUGAACCCUUCUUGGUCACAUCAUAUAUCUAUCCUGGAACCUUUCUUGGUCACAUCAUAUAUCUAUCCUGGAACCUUUCUUGGUCACAUCAUAUAUCUAUCCUGGAACCUUUCUUGGUCACAUCAUAUAUCUAUCCUGGAACCCUUCUUGGCCACAUCAUAUCUAUCCUUUUCUGGCCAUGUUUAUAUGCAUAUCAAAGUGAAAUUUCAUUUGUAUUGAUGUCAUACUGUAAUAUUCUCUCCCUCAUGUUGUAUCCAAUUUGA